AUGCGUCCACGGUGCUCGUAUCGCACCAUAGACGAGCUAUGGACGCAUUCUUGUGGUGGAAUACAGCCAUUGACCUGGUCUAGACGAUUAAUCACAGCUCACGCCCCUCCGUUUUGCUUUCGCCGUUUCACCUCCAAUCCGAGCACACAUCACAAAAACAUUGCAGUCAUAGGGGCAGGUGUUACUGGCCUCUCAACUGCAUUCCGUCUCUCUCAAGACCAAGAUGCCCGCGUUACGCUCUACGAGAAGGCCCCGAAACUUGGCGGUUGGUUGCAAUCGGAAAUAAUCAAUGUCGACGGCGGGGAAGUGCUGUUUGAAUACGGACCGAGAACCCUACGGGCGGGAUUGGGAGGUAGCUUGUCCACGCUGGAACUGUUAUUCGAUCUAGGCCUCAAAGGUGAUAUUCUGCCAACCGAGACUGAUUCCCCGGCUGCACGUAACCGAUAUAUUUACUAUCCAGACCACCUUGUGCGUUUGCCGGGACCAUAUCCCGGUGCUGGCGUUCUAGGGAACAUCCUCAUGAAUGUCAUGCAACUAUUUUCAGAGCCCCUACUCUGGAAACUUGCUCUGGAAGUGAUUCUCGAGCCUAGAAGGCCGGUCCGUGACCGAUCGAUAUCUGACGAGUCCAUCGGCGAUUUUAUGAAGCGUCGUUUUGGUCCGAAUGUGGCAGAUGUUGUUGCUUCCGCAUUUUUCCACGGCAUUUAUGCUGGUGAUCUGUACAAACUCAGCGCGCGGUCGAUUUUGCGCAUAGCCUGGGACGAGUUCGAGCUCUCUGAACGAGGCUUUGCGACGGAGUUGAUGGACCAAUUCAAUCAACAGAAAAUCUUUAUGCCGUAUGAUAUUGCCAUGGCUCGUCGGUUGGUUGAGAAGGAGAAAUAUAAAGAGAUACGCCGGUUUGCGACGGGUAAUAACGUUUUAACUCUCCGGCGGGGCAUGGGCCAGCUCGCUACAGCAUUAGAGUCGUCGCUAAGAGGUGCAUCUAAUGUGGAAAUCAAGACUGGUGCUGAUAUUAAAUCCAUCUCCAAGGGGGGAGAUUCAGCGUCUAUGACAGUUACCCUUGACGAUGGCACCUCUUCCAACUAUGACUACGUAAUAUCUACGACGUCUUCCACAGCCCUCGCCCAGCAACUCCUCGCCUCAGAAGCAGACCCAGCCCCAACAUCCGUAACUGACCUCCUUAAUGAGAAUGACUACGCCGUCACCGUCAUGGUCGUCAAUCUCUACUACAAAAAUCCAAAUCUAAUCCCACACCGCGGUUUCGGUUACCUAAUUCCCCGCUCCGUCCCCAUUGAUCUCAAUCCCGAGCGCGCCCUCGGCGUCAUCUUUGCCUCAGAUAGUAGCGCCGGCCAGGACACAGCUGAGGGUACCAAACUUACCGUAAUCCUGGGCGGACACUGGUGGGAUGACUGGCUCCUCUCAGACCUGCCGGAUGAGGAAAACGCAAUCGCCAUGGCCAAAUCGGUGCUCGCGCGACAUCUGCGCAUUGCUGAUGAGCCUGUCGUUGCCAGAGCGCGGUUGCAACGGGAUGCGAUUCCGCAGCCGACAGUUGGGCAGGUGACGCAGAUGGAACGGCUGCAUGAUGCCCUGGAGCGCCGGUUUGAGGGGAGAUUGAAGGUUGCUGGGGCAUGGUAUACGGGGGUUGGGGUCAAUGACUCGAUACGGGCUGGGAGGAUUGUGGCAGCGGCGACACUGGAGGGGCAAGAGGGCGUUACGGGAUUGGAGAGAUAUACACCGGAAAACUUUAAGCGAAGGUUUGGUGGUUCGAGGGUGCAGGAAGGGCGGGAGUGA